AUGAACGGCUUGCAGCACUUUCUGUGUGGCAACUUUUUAGGGCGCUUCGAUGAUCACCACGCCUCGCCGCCAGCCAGCGAUGAAGGCGAAUCGGAGAGCGAGAAGGAACUCUACAUGCCGCGGGACUACGAAGCUCCCGUGGGCCGUGCCUCCAAGGGCCGGAGCGUCAUGGGCCGCGCAGCGCGAGACUGGAACCAGUACCGCAAGCCCAUUGUGGUGGAGACGCGGGUGGGCAAGGAGGUCCUGCGGAGCCAAUUCGUAGGCAUCCGGGUGACGCGGCGCGAGCUGCAGCAAGGCAUGGCCAAGAAGCUCGCCACUGUGGAUGUGCACACCAUCGAGAUCAUUCAGUGCAAGUUGAAGGAGGAGCCGCCCUUGAGCGAAAUGCUGGGCGUGGUGGUCUUGAAGUUGUCGCGCAAUGAACUCACGUGUCUAAGUCGCCCUCCGAAAUCGCAACACCUGAAACCGCUGCGACUGGAAACGUUGGCGUGUGAUCGAAACAAACUGCAACAAGUUGAACCAGGUGCUCUCUCUGGGCCACUGGUGGCCAGCUUGCAGGUGUUGGACCUCUCCCGGAACCAGUUGUCCUUCCUCCCCGGCGACUUCGUCUCGGGCGCGCAGCAGUUGCGUUACCUCGAUCUCUCGCACAACCAGCUCUUUGGUUUGCCCGACAGCAUUCUGAAGUGCACCAGGCUCUUGAUUUUGAACGUGGACAACAACGACAUUGAGCAAUUGCCCACGGCCUUCGGGCGGCUCACAAGUCUGCGGAAGCUGACAGCUUCCUACAACGCCCUGACACAGCUGCCCGAGAGUAUUGGAGACUGUCAACUCUUGGAGAAGAUUCGGGUGGUGAACAAUCACAUCACCGUCAUGCCACAUUCGCUGCUGAAGUUGUGGAAGCGAAAGGGUGGAGUAUUGGAAGAACUCUUGGUGGAUGGGAAUCCUUUGAUCCAGCCAAGCGUCUUGGCCAGACACCGGGUAGCAGCAUUUCACGGGGAAGCUGCGAGCUCAGCUGCGAUGAUUUUUUGUGAUAUUUUCUUUUAA